GACAAGUUAACAAGGCGGCACUUUUGUUUUGUGUUUGUAUGUCUUUUAAUCAUGUCAAAAUUAAAAAAGUGGUAUGCAUCUUAUUGUAAUUGGGUGUUUUCCAACCCCACAACUGUUGCCGAGUUUGAAAACAUGUUUACUUGGGGAAGUAUGGCAUUAUGUGCGAAAAGUGGGUCUGUAAUUUGGCCAGAAUUACUUUAUUCUACUUCAAACUUAAUGAUGCUUCAUAAUGAUAUCACAAUAUUGAAGAAACCCUUUCCAGAAGGAACAGUGCUAAAAAUUUGGUUAUCUGUAGUGGAAUACUGUGAAGUAUUAUUUGAAGUCACCGCUAUUUCUCGAGGACGUUCCAUACGUUUACCAGUGAUUUCUUUAAUUCAAAUAAUUAAAUGCAUUGGACGUUUAUAUUUAAUAAAAAAACAUAAUGAAUUAUUGAUAUCAAAUCCUCCAUUUGAACCAUUGAAUAGAGAGGAGAUUGAUGAUUUUAGACUUCGGGAUAAACCCAGAAAAUUACGGACUUAUCGUCAAGAUGCUGGGCGUGCUGCUUUAAAUGCUACUCUUAACAGAAAUGAUCAAGGAAAGCUAAUGAAAACAUUGUUUAGAGCUGAGAUAAUUUAUACAUUGAAGCCUCUUGCACAUUUACUAACAAUGUAUUACUAUGGAGAAAAGAGUUGGGUUCCAUGGAUGUUAUCUCUAUGCAUUGAUGUCGCUAGUAACACUAUGAAUUGUGAAGUUAUCAAAGUGGCUCCUACAAGACGUAAUAUUUUGAUGCAGCGAUAUAUGCGCCUUCUUUUGUACUUCCUAAGGUCUCCAUUGUAUGAAAAGUUAUUUUUAACAUCCGCUAUGAUUGAAUUGAAAAAUCAACUGAUUCAAAUACCUAUUUUCGGUAUUGUCUUACAGCUAAUUUUGAAUUGUAUUCCGAAAUAUAGGCACUACUACUUUUAUUUAUGGUCUCAUUAGGUACUAAUCAAGUACUGAUAGCAAAUUAUUGAGUCUUAUCAAGGAUUAAUCCAUUUAUUGAUAAGGUACCCUGAAAACAUUUUAAGACUGAUACAUGACAGAUUUAGUCGUAUGAGUCCGCAAGUGACUUUUUUGUUGUUUUUUAAAAAAUUUAUAAAAUAGUUGUUUUCAAUUUAUAAGUUAUCUGUAGAAUAAAUAACACUUUAAUGACCGCAGCUGUCUUAUAUGCUUGUUUAUUCACUUAUCCAGGGGACCACGGCUACUGAAACUCAAAAGUUAACAUGCCCUAACUACAAAUUUACAUAUAUAUCCGUUUUUAUGGCGUUUCCAGAUCGGUUUAAAUAAUAAACGUUUUUAUUUGGUUUAAGGACUUUCUAUUAUCAUAAAAAUGAGUAGUUUAUGGAAGAAAUAGUGUGAGUUAAGACCUUUAAACUUGUCAAGUUUGUACUGAUAUCUAUAAACAAACUUCUUGUUCUAGUAAUUGUUGGACAGUUAAAAAAUCUAAUUACUUCUGCAAAUUUACUAACAAUAAAAAAACUUUUUAUAUUACCUAAAUUACAAUUAAAAUUAAAGGCAAAUACAAAUUAAGUUCAUUAAUGAAGUCUUUGCAAAAUAUCACAAAUUUUUUCUUCUUAUUUAAUAAAAUAAUCUUUAUCCUGAUGUUUCUGGUAACAUCAUCUACAUUAUUUUUUAACUUUUACCAAUAGUCCUUUUGUUUGCCAAACCAGUGCGAGUGGAGUGGUCUUUGCUGGGAUUAAUAUGCAACUUCUGCUUGCACUUUUACAGGUAUUUCUUCUUUUUUCAGUUGUUCGUGGCUUCCUUUUUUGAAUGCUGUAAUAAACAUUUUGAUCUAUUGUUGUAGUUGAUACUUUCACUAGUUGUUUUAAAUAUUAAUUCAAUGGCUAAUUGAUGGUUCUAUUUCAGCUUAGAAUGCAAACUAGACGAGUUCAUUUAUCAGAUAAAUCAAACAUGGUUUGUCCAACAUUGAUGGAUUUAUUAAUAAUAAAUUAAAUUAUACUAUUAAUGUGCAAUUUCAACAAUUUUUUUAGUUUCCAGUUUUAAAACACAAUUACAGUUGAGUUGUAUUCCAUAUUUUUGUUACAUUUCUAAGAAGUUGUUUUUUAUAUUCUAUGAAUAAAUAUUCUUUAUAUGUGGUUUUGAA